AUGGAAGAAGUUUAUUGGAAAUCAGUGUUCCCAAACAAUCCGAUGCCAAAGGCUUUGAAGGAUAUCUUACCAUCAUCUGAUCCAUCUAAAGACUUCAAUGGUCCAACUAAUUCACGAGGAACUCCUGUAAAUAAUGAUAAGUAUGUUACUGAUGACGUUUUUAAAGGCGAAUCUGAAAUUGCUAAAGUUUCUAAAAGCAAUCAUGCAAAAGAAGUAGAUGAAGGAAACGGUGAUUGGAGGUCUAAGCUUAGUGGUGGUCAAGAGGCAUAUGCUGAUGAUUGGAGCUCUAAGCUUAGUGGUAGUGAAGGUGAAGAAAAUGGUGAAGAUGCAUAUGUUAAUGAUUGGAGGUCUACGCUUAGUAGCAACCAUGGAAAUGGUGAAGAUGCAUAUUUUGAUGAUUGGAGGUCUAAGCUUAGUGGCAACCAUGGAAAUGGUGAAGAUGCAUAUUUGGAUGAUUGGAGGUCUAAGCUUAGUAGCAACCAUGGAAAGGAGGAAUUUGAUGAUUGGAGCCAUGAUUUUAGUGGCAGCCAGGGAAAUAGUGAAGAUGAAUAUUUUGAUACUUGGAGAUCUAAGCCCAGUUCCAACAAUGGAAACGAAGAAUUUGACGAUCGGGACCAUGAUUUUAGUGCCCGUCAUGGAAAUGGAGAAGAAGCACUCACAGAACCCAAAGGGAAAAUGGUUUCUUCAAUCCAUGAAACUAUCUUCUUCUUCCAAAAGGAUCUACGCACAGGUAAGCUGGUGAAUUUACCAAGUCUCAUAGCAGCAAGUGAUAGAACUCCAUUUUUGCCUGACCGAGUUGCCAAGUCAAUACCCUUCUCAAGUUCCAAAUUUCCUGAAAUUUUUAACCAUUUCUCGUUAAAACCUCAAACAAGGGAAGCUGAAAUCAUGAAAAGAACAAUUAGAGUUUGCGAAAGAGAAGCCGUUAAUGGAGAACAAAUGUUUUGUGUCAGAUCGCUAGAGUCCUUCAUAGGUUUAAGUAUUGCAACGCUUGGGAAAGAAAUCCAGCUUCUAUCAAACCAUCUUUCCAAAGAAACAAACAACCCAUUGUUUACAAUUGCUAGGGGAAUGCAAGACAUGGGUGAAAACGAGCUUGUCUGCCAUAAGGAAAGGUAUCCACGUGCUGUAUUUUUGUGUCAUUCCAUCAACAAAACAACAGUGUAUAAGGUUCCAUUGGUGGGAAGAGAUGGGACAAAAGCUAAUGCUUUGGCAGUUUGUCACAAAGAUACAUCGGCUUGGAGCCCAAAACAUAUAUCAUUUCAGAUUCUCAAAGUGAAGCCUGGAACUGUCCCCAUUUGCCAUUUCCUUGCUAAAGAUACCCUCGCCUGGGUCUCCAACUGA